GGCGGAGCCGCCGUGCCCGCUGAGGCGGCGCGGUGUGGCCGUGAGGCGGGGCCGCCCUUGCGGCUCGGCCGGAGCGAUGUGGGCGGCGCUGGGCAGGCUCGGCGUGGCGCAGGCCGUGGGCCCGGCCCGGUUGAUCGCUGUGCGCCCCGCGGCCGCAGGAGCCUUCUCCAUACCCCACGUUACCAUGGCCACCCACUUCUCCAAGGAUCAGGAGGAGAGAAUCAGGUGUGUGAAGGGGGACCUGUUCUCGUGCCCAGCCACGGACGCCCUGGCUCACUGCAUCAGCGAGGAUUGCCGCAUGGGCGCCGGCAUCGCCGUGCUCUUCAAGAAGAAGUUUGGAGGCGUCCAGGAGCUCCUGGAUCAAAAGAAGAAGACAGGGGAGGUGGCGGUUCUGCAGAGGGACGAGCGGUACAUUUACUACCUGAUUACAAAGCAGAAGGUUUCUCACAAGCCCACGUAUGAGAGCAUGCAGAAGAGUUUGGAAGCCAUGAAAGCUCACUGCCUGAACAACGGAGUCACCGACAUCUCCAUGCCCAGGAUUGGAUGUGGACUCGAUGGCCUGCAGUGGGAAAAGGUGUCAGCCAUCCUUGAGGAAGUGUUUGAGAACACUGACAUCAAGAUCACAGUUUACAGCCUGUGAGCAGAACAGUCGAAGAUCCCCAUUUCCCCCAGUUUUGGGAGCAGAACCUGUGAACUGACAAGGGGGACCUGUGUGUGGAGCACGUUCUGCAUUCGGGUGUCACCCACUCGUGUGACAGUGACAGGCGCCUCCAGCAGCAACGAGCUCCAGAGAAGUUCAUUUGGGCUGUUAAUUAGCAGGAGGCAGCGGCGCUGUGGAAAGCCUCGGGGAGCUCCCGGUGUGUCCCUGCAGCCACCAGGUGUCACUGGGGCUCCACGCAGUGAAACGGGGCCGCUGCCUCGUGGGUUUCUCUUUGGCUUGGUGCUGAUGAGCUGCCCCAGGCAGCGCUGGCACCUCUGCUUUGCUCUGUUCGCAAUGCCCUGCCUGGCACUGGGGUCACUCACCUCUCCUCACAGGUGGAAUGGUUUCAUUUCUCCCUUCCGACCACAAAUUUGGUUUGCUGAGAACGUGCUCACUCAGGAUCAUGCUGUGAUGUGAAAUAAACAGUGCCCUGCUGUUGGA